CUAAAGCUUUUUAAGCUGCCACACUCUUCCUGGCGACUGCGUAUGUUAGGGAGAGAGAAAGAAAGCAAUGGGCUCCUUGCCGUCGAUCACCGUCGACCGGCGAGAGCUUGCCUUGCUAUUCGAGGACCAGCGGCGCCACCUGAAUCAUUUCUUCGACAACAUGGACAUUGGCCAGGCCCAGGCCUUCGCCCAGCUCCUCCUCGACGCGCCCGGCGCAGUUUUCUUCUCCGGCAUCGGUAAAUCCAGCUUCGUCGCGCAAAAGCUUUCACAAACCCUCACCUCCCUCGGAUUCAACCAAUCCGCCUACCUCCAUCCCGUGGACGCUCUCCACGGCGACAUCGGCGGGCUCUUUCAUUCCGACCUUCUGGUUCUCAUCUCCAAAUCUGGAUCAUCGGACGAGCUUCUCAAUUUGGUCCCCUGCGCCCGCGCAAAGGGCGCACGCAUUAUCUCCAUUACCUCCGUGCACGGCAAUCCCCUUGCCGCGCUUUGCGAUUUGAACGUCCACCUACCCCUUGAGAAAGAGGUCUGCCCUUUUGGCCUUGCGCCUGUUACCUCCUCCGCCAUCCAGAUGGUGUUUGGGGAUACGAUUUUGGCCGCAAUCAUGACGGCCAGGAGACUCACCAGGGAGCAGUACGCGUGCAACCAUCCUGCCGGAAGGAUCGGAAAGAGCCUCAUCUUCAAGAUCUCCGAUCAAUUGAAGGAUAGAGUGCCAAGCCACAUAACCUUGAUAUUUGUGCUCAAAUAUCAUGCCACUAGCAAUGUUGGAGGGAUAGAUAGAGGCCUGAGGCAUGAGAUUCAUCAGUUGGACAAUAUGAAUCUUGCUGGGAUUGAGCCGUGA